AUGCAUAGCCUCCUCUCAAAACAUCUAUGUGUAAGUAUUCGAAUUGAAGCUGUCAAAUAAAGAGCAAUCAAACUAUUCAAUUUAGUAAAAACAUGCAAAUCAUUUUAGAAGAAUAUCUAAAGAAAUAAAAUCUUAGCUUCUUGUAAAGAAAAGCAAUUGUAUGUUGAUCCUGAAAAAGAGUAUCUCAAGAAUUUUGAUUUGGUUUUCAUUGUUCAAGGUUUACCUCAAGUACCUCAGGAAUAGAUUGAAUUAAUUUUACAUGUUAAGGAGGGAGUAAUCAAUUGGGGUGGGGUAGAAAUAAAUUAAAUUGAACAACCUGAAGAGCUCCAAGAUGAUUUCGAAGAAAGAAUGGACGAUUUUCUUCCACUUCCUCCAAUCAAACGCCAAUAUUCAGAAAAAUAAUUUAAUUAUGCUGCCAGUGAAAGAAGCCCAGAGCCUUGUCCUUACACCAUCGGAUAAUUGACUAUUAAAGAAUUUAUUUUAGAUAUGGAUUUCGAUUUUGAAGAAGAAACCAUCAUAUUCAAAGAAAUCUAUUAAUUCAUAUGCUAAAUGAAUAGCCAAUAAGAAAUCCAUCUAAUAAUAAUUAAGGAAGCUCCAAAAAGUCCUUUCGAUCUUGAAGUUGAACGAAUCUAACAUGAGCUCUGUUGUCUGAAAAAUAGCAGAAAGCAGCUGAAGAGACUGUGUUGGCCAAGAAAUACAAUAAGGGAGCCAAGAAAAACGCAUAUAAAAUUGAAGUUGAAAAACACCGAUUAAAUGAACUUAGAAAUAUAAUCGAAAAGGAAAAUCAAAUUGCUUUUUAAUAUAAACAAGAGAUAAUUAUCAGAUGCACAAUUACAGAAAGUGGGAUCAGGAAUUCUAUUUAGAAUGUUUUUGGAUUAAUUACAAACCGAAUCCACUUAUCUAACUAAUCCAAUAUUCCACCGAGUCACGAAGAGCAAGAAGAUUCUGAUCAAGUAAAUAAAAUUUUGGUAGGUUUAAGAGGUUAAGGAAAUGAAUAAAUUUAAAAUAGAAAGUAGGAGUAAGUAACAGGCUCUUCCAAACAGUUUGAUAUUUGAUGAUUAUGAUUGGAUUGAAAUGAGAGCUUACUUUGCUUAAUUACAUGAUCAAUAAUUGAUUGUGGAUAGAGAACAUAAGAUAAUAGGGGAUGCCUCAGAUCUCAGAGAAAUCUAAAAUAAUGAGAAAAGCAAUUAAGUCUAAGUGGCAUCCAUUUUUAAAGAUGAAUGUCAAUUAGUUUAACAGAAGAUAAUUAUAUUGCAAUUUGAAGAGUUGCUUAAAGAAAAUUAACCUGAAUAGGAGUGGCAUUUUGGAGAUAGAAUCUAUAUGGAGAGACACAAUAGAAAUACCUUGAGAUAGAAAUUCUAUUAGGCUCUGUUGAAUGAUCCAUAAGUCAUCAUCAAAGAUUUACCAGACGGGAUUAAUUAGAGAAGUCUUCAUUCAAAUAUCAACUGA